UAAUUCUUGCUAAUGCUUGAAUCUCAAUCCAAACAAUUACAAAACACCUCACAGAAUCAAACUCCGAUCACCGAUCAAUUCCCAAAUGACAACACAAAAGAAUUUAGUCGAUCAUCGGAUUCAAUCCCUCUUGCCAGUGGCACUUGCUUCUGUUCUUGUUCUGGGAAUCGCAAGGUUAGUUUUGGACAACUUGAAGAGCAACCAGAGCAUUGUUUUUAGGCUGUAUGGAAACUGUGUAGGAGAUUACAGGCAAAGAAAACCAGUCUUCGUUUCUGUUGAAGAUGUUAUGGAGGAUGAUUGCAAUGGUUUCGAAGGAAAAUGGGUAUGGGAUAAUGAGUCAUACCCCCUUUAUACAGAGGGCAGCUGCCCUUAUUUGGUCAAGCAAACAACUUGUAAGAAAAAUGGGAGGCCUGAUUCUUUCUAUCAGAAUUGGAGAUGGCAACCUACUUCAUGCAAUUUGACCAGAUUUGACCCGCUAAAAUUACUGGACAUAUUGAGGAACAAAAGACUGAUGUUCAUAGGAGAUUCAGUACAGAGAGGACAGUUUGAGUCAAUGGUUUGCAUGGUGCAAUCUGUGAUUCCUGAAGGAAAGAAAUCCUUCCACAGAAUUCCUCCCAUGAAGAUAUUUAAAGCUCAGGAGUAUAAUGCAUCAAUAGAGUACUACUGGGCUCCUUUCAUUGUAGAAUCCAUUUCGGAUCAUGCAACAAAUCAUACGGUGCACAAGAGACUGGUUAACCUUGACUCAAUUGCUAAACAUGGAAGAAGCUGGCAAGGAGUUGAUAUUUUGGUGUUUGAGAGCUAUGUCUGGUGGAUGCACAAGCCUAUCAUCAAUGCUACAUAUGGAUCACCUGAUAAUAUCCAAGAGUACAAUGUCACCACUGCAUACAGAUUGGCUCUACGAACUUGGGCAAAUUGGUUAGACUCUAAUAUCAACCCUCUGAUGCAAAGGGUCUUCUUCAUGAGCAUGUCUCCAACACAUUUGUGGAGCUGGGAGUGGAAGCCUGGAACUGAUGAAAAUUGUUUCAACGAGAUGUACCCUAUCCACGACUCAUCGUACUGGGGUACAGGAUCAAAUCUUGAAAUCAUGGAGAUAAUUUCUGAUGUACUGCAUGGACUAAAAACAAAUGUCACGUUUUUGAAUAUCACCCAAUUGUCCGAGUACCGAAAGGAUGCUCACACAUCAGUUUACGGGGAAAGAAAAGGCAAACUCUUGACAAAGAAACAGAGAUCUGACCCAAAACAUUUUGCUGAUUGUAUUCAUUGGUGCUUGCCAGGAGUCCCCAAUACAUGGAAUGAGAUCUUGUAUGCGUAUUUGUUAAAGAGUCAUAAGAAUCAAUUCUACUUUUAGAA